UUUUCGAAAGUCGCCGAAAUGGCGUCGGCGAAAAAACGAGUGGAAAUGGCGAUGGCAUCGAAAGCGAAACUUCAAACAACAACAAUGACGAGUACUCCUCAUGUACAGAUUAACACACAUGUUGAUGAUCCACAAAAAUCAUUAGAGGAGCUUUUUACGGAGGGUAUGCGAACACACGGGAAACAUUUUGAACGAAAAAAGCCGAGUGUGCCAGCAUCAUUUAAUCAGCGACCGGUGUCAUCAUUGAAACCACAUGUUUCUUCUGCCGAAGGGUCAAGUGAUGAUGGACUUGGCUCUAGUGGCCGGCAAACUUUAAGUCCAAGUUCGGUCUCAUCCACACAACUCAAUACAUCUUAUCAAGGACCUUAUCAUCCUAGGCAAAGUUCUGCACCUGCUUUAAUCAAUUACGAAGAUAACAUUGAGCAUCACUCCAGUCGCUUGACAUCUGGUGUAGCACAUGCGCCUUCUAAAUCAUUAAGUGUUAUGGCGGUAUCGAAUGUUGGUGAACAAUAUCAAGUUGCAUCUCAUCGCGCUGCAAAAAGCUGUGACCUGGAUUGUGAACCUAGCAAACAUUUCGAACAAAAUUACACACCACAAGGACAACCCUAUUUUGUCGAAAAUGCAACAGAAGUUACUUACUGGAAUGAACCACGCGCUAAAAGUCAAUCGUUAGACCCAAUGGCUUUGGUAGCCAACGAAAGUUCAAUGAUAGAAAGACAACAACAACAACAACAACAACAACAACAACAACACCACCAACAGCAACAACAGCCUAUUUUACAGCCUACGGCACCUGUGUCGCAGACUGAACCGGACGAUGGUUUAGGACCUUUACCGGAUGGAUGGGCAAAACGUUAUGAUCAGAACGGUGAAGUUUACUUUGUAGAUCAUAAUAGUCGUGAAACAACCUGGUAUGAUCCCAGAAUACCACCACAAUUACAAGAAGAACGAAUAUGGCAAAGGCAUGGAUGUACAAGACAGAAUGCAGAUCAAAUUAGGAGAAAUGUUUAUGAAGUACCACAGGAUGAUUCAUCAGUUCGAAGGCAGCAGUUGCAGAUGGAACGGCGUGGUAUGCAAGAACGCCAACAACAGCUUUACAGACAGGGCUGGAUUGGGCCACCAUGGCAGCAGACCGCUCAACAGCAACAACAUCAACAGGCUCCAGUACCUUCGUUAGUACAGCAACAACCUGAAAUUCCUGCGGUUUCUGGUUACAACGAAUAUUACAUGUCCGGUCAAACAGUUGGCAAUGACUUUAUCGGAAGAACUCCAUACUAUGCUCAUAAUAGGAAUAUAUCGAAUGAUUCAGCUGUAGACAAUACAAUGGAAAUCGAUUAUGUAAGCGUAGGUACCGUAAGUAUGGUUCCGUUACAAAGUGCUCAUGAAAUUGACCCGAAUCUUGUGAGAGAUUUAAAUGCGCAAGAUUUGAAUCCACGUGAUUUCGACCAGUAUCUUCAAUUGAAUGAUAAUCGUUCAUCAGCAGCUGUUGCUAAACCAUACAUAUGA